CAUUUCCAUUUCCAUUUCCUAUCUCCUUCCUCUAUCUUUCGGUCUCUCCUUUUUCUUUCCAAUUCUCCUUCCUUCCAGUAUAAAUUCCCCCCUCUUUUCUCUCCCUUAAUUCAAAGGAAAAAAAAGAAAGCCUUUACAAGCGUAACGCUCUGCUCUCGGUUUCUUUCCACUCUCUGGUUUUGUCUUCGGUUAUUUUUCUCUGUUUUUUUUUUUCUUAAUUGGAUCGAUCAUGUCGAAAAACAUUCUGGUGACCGGUGGAGCCGGUUAUAUUGGGAGCCACACGGUGUUGCAGUUGCUAUUAGGCGGCUACAGAGUGGUGGUUGUUGAUAAUCUAGAUAAUUCCUCGGAGGUUGCUAUUAAAAGAGUCGAAGAACUCGCCGGUGAAUUCGGCAAAAAUCUUUCCUUUCUUCAGAUGGACCUUCGGGAUAGACCAGCACUCGAAAAACUUUUUGCUAAAACAAAGUUUGAUGCUGUGAUUCACUUUGCUGGACUAAAAGCAGUUGGUGAAAGUGUACAGAAACCAUUGCUCUAUUAUGACAACAAUCUCAUUGGAACAAUCACCCUAUUGGAACUAAUGGCUGCACAUGGAUGUAAAAAUCUUGUAUUUUCAUCAUCUGCUACUGUUUAUGGCUGGCCAAAGGAGGUUCCAUGUACAGAAGAGUUCCCCCUGGCUGCAGUGAAUCCAUAUGGACGAACCAAGCUUUUCAUUGAAGAGAUGUGUCGUGAUAUCCGCAGUUCUGAUUCUGAAUGGAAGAUCAUACUCCUAAGAUAUUUUAAUCCAGUUGGUGCACAUCCUAGUGGCCAUAUAGGUGAAGAUCCCCGUGGUAUUCCAAACAAUCUCAUGCCUUUUGUGCAACAAGUUGCUGUUGGCAGGCGACCAGCAUUGACAGUGUUUGGAAAUGACUAUUCAACAAAGGAUGGGACUGGGGUACGCGAUUACAUCCAUGUUGUUGAUUUAGCGGAUGGGCACAUUGCUGCACUACGUAAAUUAUCUGAUCCAAAUAUAGGUUGUGAGGUCUACAACUUGGGAACAGGAAAGGGAACAUCAGUUUUGGAGAUGGUUGCUGCAUUUGAAAAGGCAUCCGGAAAGAAAAUUCCUCUUGUAAUGGCUGGGCGUCGACCCGGUGAUGCCGAAAUUGUUUAUGCUUCCACAGAAAAGGCGGAGCGUGAGUUGAAUUGGACGGCAAAAUACGGUAUUGAGGAGAUGUGCAGGGAUCAGUGGAACUGGGCCAGCAACAACCCAUAUGGAUAUGAAUCUUCUGAGUCAACUAACUGAGUGCCAAGACUUUGUCACCCCACGAUUCUUAUCAAAAACACUCAGAUUAGAUUUUCUUAACUUUAAUUUCACAGAUUUAUAGGCGAUUAUCACUUAGGUAUUACGAUUAUAGAGAAUAAGGGGCACUUUGUUUAGGCUGCUUCGAUUUCUCUGAAGCUGGUGUUGUGCCCCUCAUUGCUACUAUUUUCUUUUCUGGCUAUUUGUCGAGUUAAUUCAUUUGACCCUGUUAUAAUGAGCUACAACUAUUUUAAUGACAAUAUCCUCUUUGUCCUUUGUAAGUUUUA